CCCUCUUCUACCCUGAAGGAAGAAACCCAGGUGAAGAAAAACCAUGCCUUUGUUUAGUAAAUCCCACAAAAAUCCUGCUGAGAUUGUGAAAGUUCUGAAAGAAAACAUGGCCAUAUUGGAAAAACAAGAAAAAAAGACAGACAAGGCAUCAGAGGAAGUGUCAAAAUCUCUGCAAGCAAUGAAGGAAAUUCUGUGUGGGACCACAGACAAAGAGCCACCUACAGAAACUGUGGCUCAGCUGGCACAAGAGCUAUACAACAGUGGCCUUCUAGUGACACUCAUUGCCAACCUGCAGCUGAUAGACUUUGAGGGAAAAAAGGACGUUUCCCAGAUCUUUAACAACAUCCUGAGGAGACAGAUUGGCACACGCAGCCCUACUGUGGAAUACAUUAGUGCCCAUCCUCAUAUCCUGUUCAUGCUUCUAAAAGGUUACGAGUCCCCAAAUAUUGCCUUACGCUGCGGAAUUAUGCUGCGAGAGUGCAUCCGGCAUGAGCCCUUGGCCAAACUCAUCCUCUUCUCAGAGCAGUUUAGAGACUUUUUUAAAUAUGUGGAAUUGUCAACGUUUGACAUAGCUUCUGAUGCCUUUGCUACAUUCAAGGACCUGUUAACACGCCACAAAUUGCUGGUAGCAGAAUUUCUGGAACAAAAUUAUGAUGUGAUCUUUGAAGAUUAUGAAAAACUCCUCCACUCUGAAAACUAUGUAACAAAGAGGCAAUCUUUGAAGCUGCUGGGUGAAUUGAUCCUGGAUCGACACAACUUUGCCAUCAUGACAAAAUACAUCAGCAAACCAGAAAACCUGAAGUUAAUGAUGAACUUGCUGCGAGAUAAAAGCCCCAACAUUCAGUUUGAAGCAUUCCACGUGUUCAAGGUUUUUGUGGCCAGUCCAAACAAAACACAGCCAAUUGUGGAGAUCCUGUUGAAAAACCAGCCCAAGCUAAUUGAGUUCCUGAGCAACUUCCAGAAAGAGAGGACGGAUGAUGAACAAUUCACUGAUGAGAAGAACUACCUGAUCAAGCAAAUCCGGGACUUGAAGAAGCCAACGGCGUGAGGAGCUCCUCCAGUUUUCCACUCUAGGCAUUAAUCUCAUCUGUUAAGUUCUUCUGUGUCCCUUAAACACCACAAUAGUGCUUGAGAAGGCACAGCAAGUGCCUGGGUUUGAUUUUUGUCUUUGUUCCUAGAUGUCAAGAGUAUAGGGGGGGG